AUGAUGAAGUCUAUCGCUUUGCUCGUUGCUGCGGGCUCUCUAGCAGCUGCCAUUCCCUACCAAUCCCCACCUCCCGUCUCGACCGUCGAGCCAUCGCUCACCCAGAUCGAGCAGUCUGCCGCCACUGCAACGAGCCUGUCACCGGUGAGCAAUGUCAAGGGUGUCGCUUUCAACCGCUUCUACCAGAUCUGGCUGGAGAACAUCGACUACUCUGCCGCUGCUGGCGACCCAAACCAAAAAUUCCUGGCUUCGCAAGGCAUCACGUUGACCAACUACUUUGCCACCACUCACCCCUCGGAGCCCAACUACUGUGCUGCAGCUGGCGGUGACAACUUUGGCAUGGACAACGAUGACUUCCAUCAGAUCCCGGCCGACAUUGCUACCGUUGUUGACUUGCUUGACACCAAGGGUAUCAGCUGGGCUGAGUACCAGGAAGACAUCCCCUUCCCGGGCUUCCAGGGCUUCAACUACUCCAACCAGGUCACCUUUGCCAACGACUACGUCCGCAAGCAUGACCCUCUGAUCUUGUACAAUUCGGUCACGAACAAUGCCACUCGACGUGCGCUGAUCAAGGGUUUCGACGCCUUCCAGAGUGACGUCGCCAACAAGACCCUCCCUCAGUGGGCGUUCAUCACUCCCAACAUGACCAACGAUGCUCACGACACCAACAUCACCUUUGGGUCACAGUGGCUGCGGAACUUCAUGACGCCGCUCCUGGCCAACGACUACUUCAUGAACGACACACUGGUUCUCCUGACUUUCGACGAGAACGAGUCCUACGGCAUCCAGAACAAAAUCUUCUCCAUCCUCCUGGGUGGCGCCGUCCCCGCGCACCUCAAGGGCACCCAGGACAACACCUUCUACAACCACUACUCGACCAUCGCCUCGGUGUCCCAGAACUGGGGCCUGCCGUCCCUCGGCCGUUGGGACUGCCAUGCUAACGUCUUCGAGCUUGUGGCGAACAAGACGGGCUACAAGAACGCCAACGUCAACACCAAGGGCCUCUUCUUCAACUCGUCCUACCCGGGUCCGCUUUCGGACGAUGAGUACGUGUCCGCCUGGCCGAUCCCGACCAACGCCUCAACCUGCGCCAACGGCAAGGGCGUCCUGAAAUCUGUGGUGAACACCUUCAAGGGCAAGGCCGCGACCAUGAACUACACCAACCCGUACCCUUACGACGCCCUGACCGGCAACAACGUGCCGUGA